GCGCAUGCGCAUGUUUACAAGAGAUGAUCUACUCAGUUUCAAGUAUGUUAUCUUCCUGUUGUUGAACUUGAACGUGUAAAAUGUUCGCAAAUCUUCAAAUAAAUCGUGGAUUUCAAAAAUGGAAUAUCUUUGCUAUAUUCGUAUUGAUUGUAAUAGGUACCUAUGCGAUGAUACAUUUUAAGCAAACGACGCAAACGCUACAAACGACGCAAGAACCGCCACCGACGCAAACGCCACUAAAGGAGGUUUGUACAAAAACGAGUCUCCCUGCUGUGUAUACCAUAUGUACGUGGGAGUUAAAGAAAGACAAUGUAAUUUCCGGGGAAAUACAUAGAACAGGACAAUGGGAGCCGCACAUAACACGAAAACUUUACACUGUUCUAAAACAAGAUAGAAAUAUAACAUUUAUUGAUAUUGGUGCUAACAUUGGCUAUUUUAGUUUACUCGCUGCUUCCGUCGGGCAGGCAGUGGUUUCAGUGGAGCCCUGGACCAAGAAUAUAGAAAAGUUACGGAAUUCCAUUCGAAAAAACAAAUUUGAAGGCAAAAUUACUAUUUUAAAUAACGCUGUUUCAAAUGAUCGGGGAGUGAUACAUAUUCAUGCACCACACAAAGAUAACCCAGGUGCUACAAGGUUGUUAUCUGAUGCGAAAGUGACUGGUUCCAACGUUUUCUCAGCUGCAACAAUUACCUUAAACGAUUUAGCGAACUACAUUCAUACUAAAGAUACCAUCAUUAAGAUAGACAUAGAAGGAAAUGAAUGCAGAGCACUAGAGAAGUCGGACGAACUAUUUAAUAAAUUCAAUGUUGUAUUCAUAUCUAUGGAAUGGGACGUAAUGAAGAAGUUUGAAAAUGACAUUGGCACAGCUUGUCCACCGGAAAGUAUAAAACAGAUGGUGGAAAUGUUGACAAAACGUAACUUUGUGCCCUACGGCUUUUCCAACAAUUUACCACUAAAUCCAAAAGAAAUUAAAAAAUGGACAGAAGUCGACGUAUACUGGAAACCAAGACACGAAGGACGUGAAAAACAAAGUUGAAAUACAUUGCUUUUGAAAAUUUAAAAGGCCAAAUAGUUUGUGAAACCUCGAAAUUCAGCUUUUAUGACAUUUUCAAUUCCGAUAUUCAAACAGGCUUGAAAUUUAAUUCAAGCUCUAAUUCGGUUCACUAAUAGAUUGGAUUUAACGCUGAAUAAUUUACUUUCAAUAUUGAAGCUAGAAUCAUUUUCGAUGCCAAAUCGAAAUUUCUGUUUCUGAAAAUUUAAAUUUCGAUCUUCCAGCUGGCGCUAAUUUCAAGUCAAGCCCGAAAGUCGGUAUUCUUUCUUUUAAUUUCAGUCUCCGAGUUUGCUCGAAAUGUCAGCUACAUAUUUGUCCUUUUGAACAUUUGAUUUUUUGUCAACUAAAUGGCCAAAAAUUUCAUGUCGUCUUAAAAUUCAGCUUUUUUUUAAAAAAAUCUAUUUCGGUCACAUAAGAUACUCGAAAUUAAAUUCAAGCUCGAAUGCACUGGCGCCAGAUCAGAAAGAAAUGCCUCUGUACAUGUUAUACCCUACCCCUAGGUAUUCUAUAAGAACCAUGGUCAUGAACGGGAAAAUAUACUAACCCAUUUCAAUCGCGUAUUUCAUACCUAAAACACGCAGGUCAGUAAAUGUGUACUACUGAUAUUAAACAAGCGAUAAUUUAUCUUCAAUCGUGCACCAGUCACCUUGUCUCAAUAUUCCAUAUUGCAGAGAUGCUCCGUAUAUUUUAUGCUUUAGUCAACGUUACAGAAAAAACUUGCGUGAACUUCCCUAAUGAACAUCCGGUCUAGAGGUCACGACAGUGUGCACAUGUUAAGCGAAAUGUAAACAAACAAAAACAGAAUGCAAUAUAUUCACAGUUUUACGAUAAGACUCGAAAUGAUGAAUGAAAUUCAUCUUGUAUAUGGUUUUGAAUUUGAAAUCAUACAUAGUUAUACAUCUAUGCUGUUUAUUUAAUUCAUUUUGCACAUUUAUGCUGCAUAUAAACAUUUUAGCGUACACGUGUAGUAAAAUGACGACUGACAUACAUUUUCACAUCAGCCAAUCAGAGUGUGUCUAUAAACUAGAACGGAACUUCACCAGGGAAGUUCAAGCAAGUUUUUUGAGUACCUGUGAAAAAAAUAUAAACUACACGUUGUUUUUCUAAGAUAAGAACUACUGAUGAAAUGUGACCGGUACACAACGGAAGAUAAAUUACCACUUGUUUAAUAUCAAUAGUACACAUUUACUGAACUGCGUGUUUUAGAUAUGAAAUACGCGAUUGAAAUGGGUUAGUAUAUUUUCCCGUUCACGACCAUGGUUCUUAUAGAAUACCUAGGGGUAGGGUGUAACACGUAAGGAGGCAUUUUCUUUCUGAUCUGGUGCCAGUGCUCGAAUGCAUUUCAACAUUGACUCAAAUUUAACCCUAAAUAAUUGACUUUCGAUAUUGAAGAUAGAAUCAUAUUCGAUGCCAACUGGAUAUUCUGCUUUCUGAAAGACCCAGCUCAAUAAUUUAUACUUUUAAAUAUGCAUAAAAACAAUUUCAUUUUCAAAAAUCAGAUUGUAAAAUUCAUAAGGAAUUUAUCAGCUGGAUGAAACCUUAAGAAACUAUUGGAUUCAUUUUAACAUAAAAAAUAUGUAUUACAUUAGUGUUAUCAGUAUUAUUAAAAUAAUGUGUUAGAUUGCAGAAAGAAAAACUAUAAGCUAAAUAAAAUUUUCGAAGCAAG